GUUUGACGGGAUAAGUUGUGUUUAAUAUCAGCGUGGGUUAGAGCGAAUUUUAUUUAUUUUUUUAAAGUAAAAAAUAAUUAUUAAGUUAUCUUAUUAUAAAACAAACCACCGAAAUGGCGGGAGUGUUGUUCGAAGAUAUAUUCAACGUCAAAGACAUGGACCAGGGCGGUAAGAAAUUCGAUCGUGUGAGCCGAUUGCAUUGUGAAUCAGAAUCGUUUAAAAUGGAUCUCAUUUUGGAUAUAAAUUCCUGGAUAUAUCCUAUGGAGCUGGGAGAUAAGUUCAGAUUGGUUUUGGCCACAACAUUACGAGAAAACGGAUAUCCGGAUGGCGGUGAAUGGAAUCCUCUCGAAACAGAGGGAAAUAGGGCUGAUAGCUUUGAAUAUGUUAUGUACGGAAAAGUUUACAGACUAGAUGGUGAUGAAUUGGCCAUGGAACCGACAUCCCGACUGUCAGCUUUUGUUUCAUUCGGUGGACUCCUCAUGCGGUUGCAGGGUGACGCCAACAACCUGCACGGCUUCGAAGUCGACCAGCACAUGUACUUGUUAAUGAAGAAACUAGCUUUUUAAGAAUAAUAAAUGCGAUAAUAAUUUUAUUGUUGAAUAAUGUACAAAAUAUCCUCUAUAGACUAACUAGCAUCUCCUUGUAUGGUCAUAUGACUGUGCAAAUGUACGCCGUGGGUUUAUAAAAAAAAAAAAACACAAAAGGUCACUGUAUUUACCUCAUUUGCAUGUUUUGAAGAGAUAUUUUUUUUAUUACAAAAUUCAUAUAAUAGGAACAUUCUUGUGAGAACGGAAUAGCUCAUGUUGUAUCCGAUGAGCAAUUUUUGAUGUGACAUCACUACAGUUUAAUGGACAACUGUAGUUUUAUGAGAAGUUAUCGUAAUACAUGCAAGUAAUUUUUUUUUUAUUCACAUUGCGAGUUAGUUAUAAGUAAUACACAUGCAUACAGCCAUAUAUAUGAAAUAAAUAAAAAAUAAAUAUUUAAGUUCCCUGUAAAACAUUCUAGAUUGUUAUAAUUUUUGAGAAAAAAAAAAAUAACAAGCAUAGAUAAUAUCAAAACAUCUGUAUAUUAAUAUUUUUGUAUAUUCGUAGCUAAUAUUUAAAAUGGAAAAGUGAUAACAUCAUUUAGGCCAAAAUAAUGUUCAAAUUAAUAAGAGAAAGACCAAAAAGCCA